AUGGAAAAUAACCAAACCAUCCUCUCAGAGUUUCUCCUCCUGGGUCUGCCUAUUCAGCCAGAGCACCAACACCUGUUCUAUGCCUUGUUCCUCGCCAUGUACCUUAUCACGAUCCUAGGAAACAGCAUCAUCAUCUUUCUCAUUCAACUGGACUCCCAUCUCCACACACCCAUGUAUUUUUUCCUCAGAAACUUGUCCUUCUCUGACCUCUGCUUUUCAUCUGUGACCAUUCCCAAGCUGUUGCAAAACAUGCAGAGGCAAAUCCCAUCCAUCCCAUAUGAAGGCUGCCUCACCCAAAUGUACUUCUUCCUAUUUUUUGGAGAUCUGGAGAGCUUUCUGCUUGUGGCCAUGGCCUAUGACCGCUAUGUAGCCAUCUGCUCCCCACUGCACUACACCAACAUUAUGAGUCCCAAACUGUGUGUGUGCCUGGUAGCGCUGUCUUGGUUGCUGACCAUGUUUCAUGCCCUGUUGCACACUCUGCUCACUGCAAGACUGUCUUUCUGUGGGGACAAUGUAAUCCCCCACUUUUUCUGUGAUUUGUCUGCUCUGCUGAAAUUGGCCUGCUCUGACACACAUGUUAAUGAGUUAGUGAUAUUUAUCAUGGGAGGGCUAGUUGUUAUUAUCCCAUUCCUACUCAUCAUCGUGUCCUAUGUCCAGAUUUUUUCCUCCAUCCUUAAGGUCCCUUCUGCUCAAGGCAUUUGUAAGGCUUUCUCCACCUGUGGCUCUCACCUCUCUGUGGUGUCACUGUUCUAUGGGACAAUCAUUGGCCUCUACCUAUGUCCAUCAUCUAAUAAUUCUACUGUGAAGGAGACAGUCAUGGCUAUGAUGUACACUGUGGUGACUCCCAUGCUAAAUCCAUUCAUCUACAGCCUGAGGAACAGAGACAUGAAGGGAGCCCUGGGAAGAGUUAUUCAUAAGAAGAAAAUGCUCUCCUGUUUUUCAUGA